AAGUGUCAUUUAUGAUUUGACACUUUUAGAGAUAAGUGUGUUUAAUUGUAAUAUCUAUAACAACUGCCUCGUACAAUAUAUUGUUAAUUAUAGUAAUAUCUCAAUUUUACAGUUGCUUAAGACAUUGUUCAAUAUUUAAAUAUGACUUCAAUAACAUCAGUCAUUCCAAAAUUGUACGCAGAGUACACAAAUAAGACUCCUAAGAAGCUAAAAGUUAUCGACGCUUACUUAUUGUACGUGUUUCUAACCGGCGUUAUACAGUUCGUUUAUUGUUGUCUUGUCGGCACCUUUCCCUUCAAUUCAUUUUUAAGUGGAUUUAUUUCUUGUGUUAGCUCAUUCGUUCUUGGAGUUUGUUUGCGUCUUCAGGUGAACCCUGACAACAAGAAUGAAUUUUUUGGCCUGAGUGCAGAGCGGGGCUUUGCAGAUUUUAUAUUUGCCCACCUUGUGUUACACAUUGUAGUGAUUAACUUUAUUGGAUAAGUUUUUGUUUCCAUUCUAUAUUUAAUUUUGUAUUUGUAAAAUAAUUACCUAUUGACAAUUUAUUAAAAGUCCCAGUCUUAUUAGCAAAGUUUUCUUUUUAGUAGUUCCUCAACCAAUGAUACAACUUUAUAAUGAAAAAUAAAUACAACAAACACUU